UUGCAGCGCACGUGCUUUCGUUCGAUGGCUUCGCUAGGCGCCGCACACCGGCUCGACCCUUCGUUCCAAGUGGAUAGCCCCGAGUAAAAGCCAUGUCCCACAUACUGGUGUCCAGGAUCGUCGCUACCGUCUCCAACUGCUGGAAGUUGGCGGUGCUCGUCCUCGUUCCGUUCCUCUUCUUGCCCCUCGUGCUGUACAUCGACGCCAAGGAAUCAAGAUGUGCCUACGUCGUCUGUCUCAUGUCCACGUUCUGGAUGACGAACGCGGUUCCACUGCCUGUCACGGCCUUGCUGCCCGUAGUCCUGUUUCCGCUGUUGGGCGUACUACCAACCGACGAAGCCUGCUACCCUUACCUUCAGGAAACAAACAUGCUGUUUAUCGGCAGCCUAAUCAUGGCGAUGGCUAUCGAACAUUGCAACGUCCACAAGAGGAUAGCCCUCAGGGUGAUGCUCUGCGUUGGAACAAAUCCCAGAUGGAUCAUGUUGGGUUUUAUGCUGACCACCAUGUUCAUGUCGACUUGGAUUUGCAACACGGCCACGACCGCCAUGAUGAUGCCCAUUGUGGACGCCGUCCUCGCUGAAGUCAUCGACGCCGAAUACGAUCCACUCAUGCUCGCGGAAGUCGGAGGCGCCUGCGACACAGAAAAAGGCGGCCAAAAAUCACUCAACCGCAGCACCAGCACGGAAAGCUCCGGAAAGAAAGAAAAGUCCGUGUUGCCUGUUAGCCGCUCGUGCAGCGUGCGCAGCGAGGACAUCGCCAAGCAGAAAGCCCAGAGGACUCUGAGCAAGAGCCUAUACCUCAGCGUGGCAUUCGCUGCCAACAUCGGCGGCACGGCGACGCUCACUAGCGCGGGACCUAACCUGAUUCUCAAGUUUGUCGUCGAAGAAUUUUACGGCGGCCUCCCGCCCAUCGACUAUGCGAGCUGGCUGGUGUUCUCGACACCCGGAGUGGUCAUCAGCGUCUUCGUGGUCUGGGCUGCGUUCCAGGUUCUCUACCGGAACACCGGGUCCAUUGGUCUCGACAGGAAGGGACACGCAGCGAAGAAGGUCAUAAAUAAAAAGUACGACGAGCUCGGUCCAAUGAAUUUCCACGAGCUCGCCGUGAUGGUGAUGUUGGCGACCCUCGUGCUCCUGUGGAUGUUCAGGGACCCACAUUUUGCGAGGGGCUGGGCAACGUUUUUCGGUGACCUGAAGCCCAAGGACGCCACGGCGGCACUGUUUGUGAUAUUCUUCCUUUUCGUGAUCCCGGCGGACCCGCGCAAAAUAGGCACCAGCCCGACCUUACUCACCUGGGACGUGGUCCAGAAGCGCCUUCCAUGGGGCGUCGUCCUUCUCCGCGGAGGCGGAUUCGCCAUGGCUGAAGCCACAAACGUUUCCGGUCUUUCGCGGUGGAUGGGCCACCAGCUGUCCUCGUUCGACUUCAUGUCGCCGCAGUGCAUCAUAUUCGUCGUGUCCGUCAUCGUGGCCUUUAUCACCGAAGUGGUCUCCAACUCUGCCACGGCCACCAUCUUCCUACCGAUCAUGGCGCAGUUGGCAACCGACCUCCACAUGAAUCCUCUGAUGAUCAUUGUGCCAGUUGCGUUGUCCUGUUCCUACGCCUUCAUGUUGCCUGUCGGAACGCCAGCCAAUGCCAUUGUGUCCAGUCACGCCAACAUCUUCCCUGCCGAAAUGAUUCUCCCUGGUCUGGUGGUCAAGUGUAUCUGCAUCUGCAUUAUGCUGGUCAGCAUCAACACGAUCGGCAUUGUCAUCUUCGACCUCAACAGCUUCCCCGCCUGGGCAGAAGACAUGGACGCAAACGAUACCCUGGCGGCCAUAUUGAAUGGAACGCUGGCUGUCAGCGGACACGCACCGUCGGCAACGUUUGCUGCCGACUACACAGAACCGUUUCCCAUGUUCUCCAACGUGCAGCGUCGCCUGCGCAUCGGGCAGCCGUGGUACAGCCCAGCGAACCAGCGUGAUGACGCCGAGCAGACGGAUGCAAGUGGUCUAGGGGGCGAGUGCCUGAGGCUCUCCGCGACUACGCCGGCGCAGAUCGUUAGCCCUCGAGACCACCCCCUCGGCGACGUUGAGGCUGACGAGGAUAUCGAAACAGCACAUCGAAGAUCGUCCCGUGAGACGCCGCCACCAUCCGACGUCGUCAUGGCGGGUAAAAGUGGACACCGCCUGACGGCUACCAAGCGCGUUCUCUGGUUCCUGCGCUGCCACUGGCGGCGAAUCCUGGCACUCCUGGCACCCGUGCUGCUCUCCCCCCUGCUCAUACUUCACGAUUCAAAAGAGACGCGAUGUGCUUACGUCAUCCUUCUUAUGGCCGUCUAUUGGAUGUUCGAAGUGGUGCACCUGUCCGUGACGUCACUGCUUCCCGUCUGCCUGUUUCCUUUGUUCGGUAUCCUGGACACCGCAAGCACAACGGCACCAUACAUGAAGGAUGCCAUCAUGAUGUACUUGGCAGGCAUGAUCAUCGCAGCUGCUGUUGAAAACUGCAAUCUUCAUUAUAGGAUCGCGCUCCGCAUUCUGCUCAUCAUCGGCACCAAAACUAUCUGGCUUCUGCUGGGCUUCAUGCUCACCGCGAUGUUCCUGUCCAUGUGGCUGAGCAACAUGGCGACCACGCUCAUGGUUCUACCCAUCGUCGACGCCGUCGUCAACGAAAUCUGCAAGAAAAGCUCCGAAGAAAGUCUCAGGAAUGGAUCUCCAGCAAGUGGGUACACCAAUGAAGCUUUCCCAGCAGACAGCGCUGACGUCAACAUCGAAAGCUUUGAACUCGAGGCCAAGGAAGAGGCUAAAAGAGUGUCUUGCUACGAGAGGUACCGGAACGCCAUGCUGCUGGGCAUCGCUUACGCGUCCAACAUCGGCGGCACGGGCUCGGUCAUCGGUACGGCUCCCAACCUGGUCCUCAUGGGGCUCGUCGAGGAGUUGUACCCAAAUUCCGGUUCCUUGAGCUUCGCUACGUGGAUGAUAUACAACGUGCCUACCAUGAUCGCGUGUGUGGUCUUCGCCUGGCUCUACCUGUACUUUCAGCUCGUUCCCAAAAGGUUACGGGGGAAUCACCUGAACCCAGAGUCGGUUCGAACUGCCAUCAGAAAGCGCUACAGUGAGCUCGGAUCAUUAUCGUUCCACGAAGGCGCCGUACUGUUCAUCUUCAUCGUCAUUGUGUUGCUGUGGUUCUUCCGGGAUCCGUACGUCGUCACCGGCUGGUCCUCUUUCUUCGCGCUUGGCAAGAAAAUCAAAGACGCCACGCCUGCCAUGCUCCUGGUGAGCCUUCUUUUCCUGAUACCAGCGAAACCAGUGGCGGAACCCCAGGGACCGGCUCUGCUCGAGUGGAACGUUGUGCAGCACAAGAUACCUUGGGGCGUGCUUCUACUCAUGGGAGGCAGCUUCUCCAUGGCAGAGGCGUCAUCGAAAUCCGGGCUGUCAAAGAUGUUGGGCCAGUACCUGACCAGGCUCGACGUGCUCAACCCGGUGGUGUUGGUGGCAGUUCUCUGCAUUUUCACCACCACAGUCACCGAGAUCGCGAGCAACACAGCGACUGCCAGCGUUCUCCUGCCCAUCACCAGUUACCUCGCCCAAGCCUUGAGGAUCCAUCCGUUCUUACUCAUGAUCCCUGUCACAAUAUCGGCAUCGUUCGCCUUCAUGUUGCCCGUGGCCACGCCUCCAAACGCCAUGGUUUACGAGCACGGAAACAUGAAGCUCCAGGACAUGAUGAAGGCGGGAAUCGUCAUGAAUAUCGCCUGCAUAAUCAUCGAGAUGAUUGCCAUCAACACUUUGGGCCAGUGGACCUUCGGUCUUUCCAGCUUCCCAGCUUGGGCUGAGGCGCGAAAUUCCACAAUCUCGACAAGCGCAAUCAACGUCACCAUGACGCCAAGCGCGUCCUAGCAGCGCUAUGAGGACGACGACGACUUCAAGUACCUGAAUGGAGAGAGUUACUGUGUGUACGGGGACUUUAAUGCUCCGCUGUCUGUGGCAUUCGGAUCUCUUCUCGAAGACUUCUGCAGUCGCAGUGGGCCGACGUUGCUGUUGUCACCAGAAAGCAAGCGUUUACUUCGGAUCCAAAAUUUUGCGUCUUCAUGUUCACGGUGGGAACGGGUCGUUGCGCAUUGACUUCUGAGAACUGUGAUGGCUCCCCUUUUGCGUACGUAAAACAUCGUGUUCCGAUAAAGGUGAAAAAGACUUUCCGUUCACACUAUACUUUUGAAACACACCGAUUCGGGAACUCUUGUACCAAGUGAAUUGCGGGACAAGCCCUUUUAAUCGAAAACACCAAUAAAUAAACAAGCAUAAACUUCAUCGCCGGUAAUAUUCUCACUCAAUGAACAUUCAUAUAAUCACCGAUGAACAUGCAUUACGCGAAUAUUCACUCGUCGUCACGUAAGUCACACCUGGGAGAAAAUGACGAUGGCAAGUCAGAGUGAUUUACGAGCUUAAAAUUUUUCACGGAAAAUACAGAAGAAAAUAAGAAAGAAUGUCUUUAG